AGAUCAACUCAGUGUUGACCCAAACCCAAUGCACUAUGAUCCUCGUAAAAGUUACAAAUCCUGAGAUCAUACAGUUACACCUGCUGUUUGUCACUGUCUUUGAACAAAAAGUAACAAAAUGGAGCUCCUCGAAAACACAAGCCAAUCCGCUGCAGCGAGUAGCUCUUCGAGUUGUACCAGUGGCGCUUUUUCUAGUGCUGGCUCUUCCUCUUCUAGUAUCAGUGGUGCUCUUUCUAGUGCUGGCUCUUCCUCUUCUAGUACAUCCUCUUCAGAUGUCAAAAACAACACUGUAGAUGACGUCUUGCAGAUGUUAAAUUCUGCUUUGGACUGCAUUGCUGAGGCUCUGGGUUUCGACUCCUGCAGUUCGUCGACCAAAACGAAGAAGUUUAGUACAAAUACCUCUAAUGCAAAUGCAAAAACAUCAACUUCGGCAUCAUCAACAAGAACAUCAGUGAUUCCAUUCUGUUGUUUUUUUGCACUCGUAUGUGCAGUGUUGGUCUUCUACGAUACGUGUAACAUACCGCGUUCAAAACGACAGGAAUGCGGUAUGGGUGGACUGCAAGGUGCAAUAUCAGGUAUGGUUCCUUCUCUAUUUCCACCACCAAGUAGGUUCCAAGUCGACGACCCGUACUCGAUGCCGUUCGAUAGCAUGGCUGGCCUCGAUGCUGCAGAGGACCCCUAUCAGGCAUUGUUUAAGGCUUAAGUACCCUAAUAUUAAGGUUCAACUUUCAUUGACCCCUCGAGAGAACGGGGGAAAAUGAAGGGAAAAGGGGAGGGCUUUGAAGGUGGUCUCUUCCGUUCAGAAUCAGUGGCCACUGACUGCUGACCUUUAAUAAUAGUUCAUGAUAUUGAUGAGAGACAUCCUGAUGAGAGUUCGACUAAUAAUCCAUCUCUAGAGGAGAGAGGCUUUUCAAGGGGAAAAUGGUUCCUCCGGGAUGUAUCUCGGGAUGGAUUAGAGUCAUAUGCUCUAACUCACACAGUGGGAAUGCUCUAGCAAUGCCAGUCACAAGUCCGAUGCAAUGUACUGGAAUUGCGAGGUUGUUCGAUCAUAAAGGAAGAAAGAUCUUUCUACGUACUUUUUCUGGUUGGAUGAGUCUGGGAGCUGUUGCAUGGCUUACAUCAGGGUACGGAAGCUCUUCCCUACUGGUCUACUUCCUCUUGUCAACCGCUGCAACGUUUCAUCAAGCAAGCUGUUGCUUCGAGAUACCAGAGGGUAGUAUGCAACACAUGAUGCCCCAAGGUCCUGCCUGUUAUUGUUCUUGAUGGAAAGCGAGGAACCAAAGCAUGCUAGAGCAGAAGUUGGAGUUCAUCUAGUAUCAUUGGUAGAAAAGUCGGAGUAGUCCCUAGUUCUGGUACUGUUGGUGCGGCUGAGCCUCUCCCGCAAGAAGAUGACCACCUACAUACUAGUUAGUACGUUCCUCUUUGAAAAAUAAUGAUUUAUCGGUGUCGUAGCUCUUCUCAGAAGGUACUACUUCACUGAACGGCCUCAUACAUAGAUGCAUAAUGCUAUACAAGAGACAACAUGACAUGACAACGCUCUUUCUUUCGUGUUGUUGAUAUCACAAAACAAGUGGGAGAAGAAACUGAAACACUCCUGUGACAAGAAGUUUUGCUGUCGACAAGCG